GGUGGCAGUGCUAGUUCAAGGGGCGACGAGGGCGGGUGCCUCCGUUGGAACUACCCCUUGACAACAGCCUGCAAUCGUUCUCGCCGUCAUCCAUUCACACGCCGCGGUGAUAUUCUCGCUUAUUUCGACAAUCGAACGUCCGCCGAUCAAUCGCGCUACUGUGUCCUUAUCAUAUUGCAGACAAGGAUCACCGGACGUCAGGUUCCAUCCAGUUUCAGUAUGGAGGGCCCGGAAGUGGCGGUUCGAGGUCAGAACUUUCGUCUGCUAGCCGAGGAAGAAUUGCCUGAGCUGUUGGAUUUUCUUGCUAACUACCUGCCUGAAUCUCUUAAGUUUCACCAAACGCUGCUAACUUAUAUGCAAGACAGAAUAUGGGAUUUCCAUUUUUACGUGGCUAAUGACUGGCCCGAUGAUGCGAUCUGUUUGCAUUUCCCAGGCAUGACGUUAUCUCCGCACGGUUUGCUGUUCGAGAGCGUGGGCGUCUUUUGUCCUAAUGAUCGACUAGAACUGCUUCAAUUACUGAGGGACGAGGACAUUCUGAUCGACUGGUCGAAACCCCUCUACAUAAAUUUCGUUCACUACGACAUUGCCGAGGAGCUGAUGCGACUUUACGAGGGCACUGGUACGAUCGAGAGGGUAGUAGGGGACGUCUUCGGAUGCAAGAACCCUCUGAACUUGGACGUCUUCGAGGAACCGGACGAAGAGUUGGACCCCGACAUUCAGGUUCUACCUUUGGAAGCUGAACACGCUAAGGGGAUCUACGAAUUGUAUCCCGCCAACGAUAUGGAGUGCCAUGAGCUCUUCCGACGAUUAAUCGAUAAGCUUCCGGCAGGCGGAGUCUUCCUUAAAGGCAGUUUAGCUGCCUGGAUGGUCCAGUCUUACUAUGGAGCCAUGUUCUCCAUGCAGACUAAGCCAGAACACCGAAGGAAGGGUUACGGGACGAAAUUAGUAAGGUACCUGACAAAACGUGUGGUCGAGAAGGGUUACCAGCCUUUCGUGGUGAUACGUCCCGAAAACGAAGCCAGCCAAAGUCUGUACAAGAAGCUGGGCUUCAGGAAGCUCUAUCAGACUGUCCGGAUGACGUUCAUCCCGUCGACGUGGCAGGACGAGGAGAACGAAAUGAGUCGUAAUUUAAGGGAAAAUUUGGAGAAUGCUACUAGGCAGUUGACCAUCGAACAAAGCGUCGUGGACGCGUUCAGAAGUCAGGAAGACAUUUCUAUCAACGUGGAAACUGUAGAGACCGACGAGUUAUUGGAAGAAGAGGAUAAUGCCGACAUGGUGAUCGAGGAUCCCGACGACAGAUUCGAAAGUGGAAACGAAUUCGAGGUGGAAACAAAAUUGUCCGAAGGAGUUAACGAAAGAAUAGAGGUGACUGAAGAAUCGACUGAAGGAGUCGAGGAAACAGUUGAUGUACAGGAUGAUGGAACGGCGACCGACGAUUGUGGUAAUCAAGACGACGGAGGAACAUGCGCUGGGGAGUAAUUAAAGUUCGAUUAUUCGAGAGGUCCAUGGUUUACGUCAUGUCGUUUGCUCGAGAGUCUGCUCUUUUUUCCACAGCUGCUAAUUGAUACCAUCGUCAGAAAAAAAGAUAGCGAUGUUUGCCAGGUAAUCGGGAAAAACUAAUUAUAUAUAAAUUCUUUAGAAAUUCGACUACAGCUCUCGUCUAAAAGAAAAAUUCUAUAAUUAACUCGACAGUUGAUGAUAAUGGAAAGUACUUUGGAUCGAUGAUAUGUCCUAAGACCUUUCAUUAGGGCGAUCUCUCGAGCGACACGACCGAAGAACAGAGAUAAAGAAUUAUUUUAAGAAACUUGAUUAUGGCACCGCGUUCGUGCGAGGCUUCGAUUCGCGUACGAAGAAGUAUUACAACGUUAUGCUGCGUACGGGUUCCUCAUAUCACUGUUAGAAGAGUAUCGUGAAGAUCUCAGGAAACAGAGGUAUUCUUUGAAUUGCCAAGAGUAGAUUAUUUCAAAGUCUAUCAUCUCGUAUUCCGUGUGUUUGUCACGAUCGAGAAAUAACCGUGACAUUAAUUUGCUGGAGUAUUUUCGAAUCGACUGCCGCAGCCGAUUAGGUACGACGUAGGUAUUCGUAUCCUCGAGUUUUUAUCGAGUAGAGCGUGAGUUUAAAUCGUUGUUUGUCGUAUAAAUUAAAUAUAAUUGGCAAGAAUAUUUAACGAGUAAAAAUUGAAAUAAGUGCUUUCGUUAAAGUCGAGCGACGAGCGACUCGUUAAUCUCUCGUAGCGACCAAAACGCGAUAGACUUUGAAUUACUAACCACACGCACUAUCCAAACGACGAAUCCUAUCAUAAUUAUAAUAAGAAACAAAAAAGAGAUAAAAACAAACAGCGCGACUGCUUAUAAGAUUUUCGCGCCGUAUCAAUCUGUGAUUAUAAUUUCCUUAUGAUAAAAGUAGCGUUCCGAACAGAAAUUGAGAAGCCUCGUGCGACCUCGACACGCUUUCCUUAAUACAAGUAGAAGCCAAUUACUGUGCCAGUGCGCUCGAGCGCAGUAAAUAUUCAAGCGCGAUAAUACGAGUGAAAACUUGUAAACUAAACAGUACUUAUAUGUAUAUAUAUUUACAUAGUGAAAGAAAAUUUUCUCUAAAAUCGAUCCUCAAGCUUUUGAACGAACACGCGCAUUGCGUGAUCUCGUUUCGAAUUUAAUUAAGGGAUUACGGGCGAUGGGUCCGUCUGUCUCUUUUACGAUUUCAAGAAACCGUUCGAAUAUUUUUUUAUUAGAAGCUGAACAAUUUCUAUCAGUACAAAUGUGUUUGAAGGACAGGGAAAUUGGUCAGGUGACUCAGCGCACGGACACAGCUAUCGGUCUAGCGUGCGAGCCAUGAUAAUAAUAUUAAUAGACCAUACGAUUGAUAAAUACUAUUAGUUUACAGAAUAUACAUGUAUGAUAUACGAAUUGUACCGCGCAAAAAAAAGGGAAGCCCGAUCGGCCCGGUUCGCUUAAAGAGAAGUCCUUUUUAGAGUCUAGAUAGUCAAUAUUUGUAUUGUUUUUUCUAUGUUAGAUAUAUACAUAUAUUAUAUACAUGUAUGCAGAUGAUACGUCUCGUCGAUGUUGUUCGACGCGGCAUAGAAUCGCGCGUGUAAGAGAAAACAGGUUUUGAAAAAGGUCGGAGCUGGGACGACCGGGUCGUUCCUCGAAGGCCCUCAAAAAUCCCUCCUUUAUUUUGGAUUUUCGACAUUUCCGGGGGUCAGCUGUGAUAUUUUUCCCACUCCACUCUUACGCUCUGGUCGCAGUACCGUAAAAGAAAAUUACUUAGAAUCUAGGCGAAAAAUUGAUCGUUGUUAAGGACGAACGGGACACGCUGAGAAACACCUUGAAUUCCAUUGAUGUGUCGUCACCAACGUGCUUAGAGUAGCGGAUACAAAAUUGACCGUUUUUACAUCGAUUCAGUUAACUGAGAUCUUGGAGGACCAACGGAACAAUUGGUAUCGGUUCGAACGGCGUGAAUAGCAACAGUCGAUGAAUACGGAACGAAAUCUUAUUAUAUGAAACGUCGUGACAAAUUAUUGUCCUCUGAGCGCAAAUCGUGUUAUGCGUUGGGUAUGUUGACCUAACCGCGGUACAAAGAAGAUAAUUGGACAAAUCUGAGGAAGCAAACAUUGAUAUUUUGAACGUACGCAACAACGUAGCGUUAAACGUGUAAACGUAAAUUGAUACAAGUCGCUUAAUCAGCGAACAUCUGAAAAAUUGGAUUUCGUAUUUCGAAGUAAUUAAUCUUACCUGGGCUACAGAAUCCGUCACGAUUUCUUACACAUUUUCUUACACUGUGCACAAUCUGGAUUCGCGGAAACGAUUGAAACAAAGUGGAACGGUUGUUACGAGGAAACAUGAAUCACUCUAUCGAUGAACGAAACGGAAAGCGCACUAAUAACAAUUAUUAUACGUAACUUCGAUAACGCGGAUCACUCCGGAUAGAACAUAAAUCAUAUGUUUUCACGAUCGAAAACCUCAUGGUAGUUCCUACAUUUAAUACUAGAUAGCGGAGGCGGUUAGCGGCGCUGUCGCUAGACUUGUUUUUCUUUCGAUUUUAAGUUCUCCCGCGCAGCGUCUUCUCGAAUCGAUUCCUCGAUCGCGCCAUGUCAAUUAUCGUUAACCCUCGUGAAAAAAAAGUGCUGCUGCUCCUUGUGUCGUUAAUACUACUUAUUGCCAGAAUAUCGGUGAAAUUUCAUUCUCUUUAUUCCUGUACAUAUCAAUUUGUGUCCUUGCAACCGAAAGAAGUAGAGUUCUGAUCAUGAAAUAUCCCAGGCAGAAAAACCGAACUUACUCAAGAUCAAGUAACCUGUUGACGAGUUAACUGACGAAAAAUGGACGAUUCAUAUGUUCUCGCUUCAUCUCGGUUAAAAGCUGUUUCGAAAUUAAGGUAAAGAUUUACUUCCAUAUAUUUUAAGUAUAGCUUCAGUCGAUUGUUCUGGCGUCAAUUGAUUUCCGACGAUUAGUGCGCAUAUCACUCGCACAAAACGAUUUCUCGUAAUAGCCGCGUGACGUGCAAUUCCGUUGCACUGGUUCGCAUAAAUUCUUCCGAGUUACAUCGUUUACCCUGUAUUCUGAAAGACUUAUCGUAGAUAGUUAAUGAACAGUAACGAGCUAUCAAUUUUGAACAAUACUUUUUGAUAACAAUCGUAUAUUCUCGCACGAUGCUUGUCCUUUAAUUGAACCGUUGCAACGGGAAGUCACGAACAUUAGUCCGAAUGAAAAAAUGACGGGCAACAACGAAAUAAUCACUAAAAUUAAAUCUACGCCUGCAUCUACAUAGUUCGCUAAACCUUAGCGCAGUGCAAAUCAGUGUUUCGCGAAAUAGGCCUAAAAUCCGUCUGUCGACACCUAAACAACACGUUUCUUCGACACUUAUUGUAAAUAUAUAUGAUAUACGUAUACAUAUAUACACACACACAUAUAUAUAUAUAUAUCCUUCCUAUCUUCUCGUGCACGUUACCUUCCGCAACAACAAAAAUUCUUGUCUGGAGCAACACUUAAAUUUCUGUCACACUACAUAAUAUGAAAGUUAUAAAAAAGAGAAAAAUUGUUGGAUAAAUAAGAGAAGGAUUAUAUAUUACGAACGAAUAACUUAUCGAAAGUUUAUUUACUGUACGGAGCGAGAAGUACUAAAGUUAAAUCGUAAAUGGUGCGUGAUGUUUGGAAAGUGCAGUUCGUCUACCGCGCUAGUAGACACUGAUUUGUGCAAUUUGUAUGUUCGAUAAGGAUAAAAAAAAAGAAGUAUAGCGUGAGAUACCGCUAGUUUUAUGAAAACUGGACAUUGGAAGAGAGCUUUAGGUAAUAAACGGAACAAACAAAUAUGA